AUGAUUCUAAAACACAAAGCACCCUUGAAACUCACAGCAAGAGAAUCCUCCAUGAACUCCAGUUAUGAACUCUUUAGUGAUGAAAACAGUAUGGAAGAUGAUUGGAUAGAUCAAGGAGAAGGAGAUGACUCCAUGGAUUCACCUUGGGAAGCGGCAAUUUUGUACCAAAGAAACCCUUCAGUCUCUCACCUUGAGUAUUGCACAACCUUAGAAAGAUUAGGAUUAGGACUUCUUUCUACUGAUGUUUCAAGAUCUGGAGCUUCUUUAAUGGGAUUACGUGUCACAAAGUGUGGUGGAUCUGCAGCAGAUUGUGUGUUCUCUAAUUUCUCAAUUGUACUAAGUGAAGAGCCAAUAGAAGAGCCUGAAACAAUAAACAUGGGAGUAAUUUAUGGUCAAAGUAAAGUCAAUGGCAGCGAAGAGCAAGAAGAAGAUGAUUUAGCAUCUGUUGACAGAGCUCAAAGGCCACAAUUCGAUGUGUAAAAGGUUUGUGUCUCAAAUGUGGUCAAAAUUUGAAUACAAGUACGUGUAAUUGUAGUCAACAGA